CACCAAUCAUUAUUUGCAUUGCACGAUAGUCCUCUGGGGGCUAUAGAUAUUGCUAUUGCAAUUGUUGGAUAUUUACUCUACAGAGCGCAUACCACUAACUCUCCACUCUUUUCUUCUGUAUUAGCUCUCUAACUGAAGCCCCCGGCGGCGUCGGUGACGCGGCCGACCACAUUGACGGUGUAGCCCCAGCUUCUGCUGCUGCUGCUGUGAACGACAACGAGUAUCCCACUUUCGACAAAGACAAACUCACCACUACCGAGAAAGCUCCUGCCUCGGAGCACAAGGGAGUUUCGCAUACCCCCACCCUGCAGACAGCUCUGCCAGUCUCUCUUCUCGCUCCCGCUGCUUCUUCCGAGAGCAACGACAACAUGGGCGGUGAGCGUGACAUGGCCCGGCUUCUGAAGCCAAAGGCCGACUACCCGGUCAUGGUUCAGAAGCCAGUCGCCAAGCUCUUUCAGAAGCUAUAUCUUGAUCGCAUCGAGGGCACGUACAAGACUGGCGCUUAUGAGAAGUGGAACCUUCAAGCACUACUGAACGAGGGUGAGGCCGCAGGUGAGCCUCACGUGUACCUCGAUUCGUGGGCUGCCCCGGACCUGGAACGCCCUACCUUCGAGGACGCCGUCUCCCAGGAGUUCGACCGCCACAUCAAGGUCGGCUCGCAAUUCGGACCGGCUUGGUCGACCCACUGGGUUAAGGUCCGGCUUACCGUUCCUGAGGAGCUUCGAGACAAGGAGCACCUCGAGUUCCAUUGGGAUGCUGGAAACGAAGGCAUGGUCUGGACGGAAGACGGAAACCCUAUCCAGGGCUUCAGCGCGAGCGACCGUCCCGAGUGGAUCCUGCCCGAGGAGUACCGUGAUGGAAAGGAACACACGUUCUACAUCGAGGUCGCUUGUAAUGAGAUGUUCGGCAACGGCGCUGGUAUUUCACCUCCAGAUCCGAACAAGACAUACACACUGAGAAAGGCCAGCAUUGUUGCCGUUAACCUGCAGGCGCGCCAACUCUACGUCGACAUGUGGAUCAUCGGCGACGCUGCGAGGGAGCUUCCCAAGGAGUCCUGGGAGCAGCAUGAGGCUCUGAAGACCAUCACCCGCAUGAUCGAGGUCCUGAAUGUCGAGGACAAGGACUCCGUUUUGAAGGCUCGAGAGAUCGCCAGGGGGUACAUCGGAAACGUUGAUUCUGCCGAGGUCUACGAAAGCGGCAAAGAGCCCAUGGUCUAUGGCGUUGGUCACUGCCACAUCGACACAUGCUGGCUGUGGCCUUGGGCCGAGACCAAGCGCAAGGUCGCUCGGUCUUGGACUAACCAGUGCAACCUGAUGGAGCUGUACCCGGAGCUGAACUUUGCAUGCUCACAAGCCCAGCAGUUCAAGUGGCUCAAGCAGUACUACCCAUACGCCUUUGACCGCGUAAAGGAGAAGGUAAAGGCCGGACAGUUCCAGCCCAUCGGAGGCAGCUGGGUCGAGCACGACACCAACAUGCCUAGCGGCGAGUCUCUUGUGCGCCAGUUCGUGUACGGCCAGCGCUUCUUCGAGGCCAAUUUCGGUGAUCGCUCCAAGACCUUCUGGCUUCCCGAUACCUUCGGCUAUUCCGCCCAGCUUCCACAGCUCUGCAGACUUGCCGGCAUGGACCGGUUCCUGACGCAGAAGCUGAGCUGGAACAACAUCAACAAUUUCCCCCACACCACCUUCAACUGGGUUGCCAUAGACGGAUCCCAGGUCAUGUGCCACAUGCCUCCCUCGGAGACCUACACGGCUAAUGCACACUACGGCGACGUGAAGCGGAGUAUCUCAAAGCACAAGUCGAUGGAUCAGGAUCACACGUCUCUCCUCGUCUUUGGCAAGGGCGACGGUGGUGGCGGCCCUCUGGUUGAGCACAUUGAGAAGCUUCGGCGCUGUCGUGGUAUGGCUGACACCACAGGGACCGGCGCCGUGCCUCGCAUCCACAUGGGCAAGACUGUCGAUGACUUUUUUGACCAGCUGCUGCCCAAGUCUGACAAGCUCGUCACCUGGUUUGGCGAGCUCUACUUCGAGCUGCACCGUGGCACUUACACCACUCAGGCUAACAACAAGCAUAACAACCGUGCGUCCGAGUUCCUUUUGAGAGCCGUGGAGCUUUAUGCCACCAUAGCCUCCCUCAACAACGAGGGUUACCAAUACCCCAAGGCCAGCAUCGACAAGAUGUGGGAGGCUGUCCUUCUGUGCCAGUUUCACGAUUGCCUGCCCGGCAGCUGCAUUGAGAUGUGCUACGACGAUUCCGACAAGCUCUAUGCUGAGGUAUUUGAGAUUGGUCACAAACUGAUCGCAGAGGCCUCCUCCGCAAUGGAUCUCUCUCGCGUUGAGGCUACGACGGUGGAGGAGGGCGCUGCUCUCAACGCCCUGUUCUGGCCUCGCCAGCAGCUUGUUCAAAUCUCUGACGACAAGGUUGCUGUUGCCUGUGGCGAUGGCCCGCUGCUGGAGCUGAAGCCUCUCGAGUCACUGUCUGCAGAGAGUGCUGCCGUCUCGAUCGAGGAGCUGUCCGAUGGCGUCUUCGCCCUGCAGAACGACCAGCUCAAGGUCAAGGUCGAGAAUGGUGUCAUCACCUCUGUAUAUGACCGCAAGGCCGACCGUGAGGUCCUCGCAAAGGGCGGCAAGGCUAACCAAUUCGUCAUUUUCGACGACAAACCCCUCUACUGGCAGGCCUGGGACGUGGAGUGGUACCAUCUCGACAGUCGCAAGGAGCUCUCUGUCCACGACAGCAAGAUCAGCGAGAACAAACCCCACCGUGUUGCCGUGUCCAGCCGUGUCCAGAUCAGCGAGAAGAGCCACCUGGUCUCUACAGUCUCACUCAGCGCUUCCCUCAAGGGACAGCCUUCCUAUGUUGAGAUCGAGACCGAGGUUGAGUGGCACGAGGACCUCAAGUUCCUCAAGGUCGAGUUCCCGGUUGACGUUCGCAACACCGAGGCCAACUACGAGAUUCAAUAUGGUAUCGUCAAGCGCCCCACUCACUACAACACUGACUGGGACAUGGCCAAGUUUGAGGUCUGUCAUCACAAGUUCGCCGACCUUUCCGAGCGCAACUAUGGUGUCUCCAUCCUCAACGAUAGCAAGUAUGGUUUCGCCACCGUCGGCAACCUCAUGCGUCUGUCUCUGCUACGCGCCCCCAAGGCGCCUGACGCGCAUGCCGAUAUGGGUCCCCACAAGAUCCGCUACGCAAUCCUGCCUCACGAUGGUCCACUGGGCCCUGCCACUGUCCGUGCAGGCUACGAGUUCAACUCACCCAUCAAGCUCGUCCGCAAGCCUCAUCACUAUCAGCCGGCGACUGCGGCCCUGUCUCAUGACAGCCCUGUCAAGCUUGUCGGUGACCACGCCGUGAUCCUGGACUGUGUCAAGCGCGGUGAGGACGACGAGGACGUCUCCGUUGGCGACCUCCCCGUUCGCAAGGGCAAGUGCGUCAUUGUGCGCAUGUACGAGUCCCUCGGCGGCCGCGCCCGUACCGCCAUCGGCACCAAGUGGAAUGUCAAGAAGGUCACCAAGGUCAACAUCCUCGAGGACGAGGUUCCUGACGAGGCUGAGCUGCAGAAGAAUGACGAGGGUAACUACCCCGUCACCCUGCGGCCUUUCGAGGUCGCCACCUUCCGUCUGCAGCUGUAGAUUUCAGAUCCAACCCUCCCAGUCUCCCGACAUUGAUCAUUUCACCGAGUAAGGCAACAGUUGGUUUUCGAGUUUAUCAGAUUGAGCAGCUGUGACUUUGGGAAGAAGCGAAUCAAACCAGCUCAAGCUUCAUCAGGCUUGAUGAUGUUGGGGCAGGGCUCUUCUUUGGUCUCUGUUCGUUGCUCAAAUGAACUGAUGGAUGGAUGCGCUGAGUGUUUGAUGGGUGGAGGGGCAGGGGGAAAUGGGCGGCAAUCAGACAAAACAAAAACCCUAUCGACGUGAUAGAGCGUGUACUUUUUAGUUGCCAUACCGCUGCAGCGGCACUACGAGUCCCAAGGCUCGGAGAAUUUCGGCAUAGCAAAUCAGAGUGUGAAUUAUGAC